UUUCACUUUGAGAAUCUCUGUCUCUUCCCAGGAAUCAUGUGGCAAAUGUGGCUUCGAUUUUUCCUUAUUCUGCCCGGGGCGGUUUUAGGGCUGGAAGUGAUCGCUCCUCCAUCCCAGCAGGCUUUGUUGGGAUCUACUGUGCUCCUGCCCUGCACAUUUCAGGAGAAAAAUCUCCAGAUUAUGGCCAAUUUCCUUGCUAUAUUUUGGUACUUUGGGGAUACAGAGAUUUUGAGAUAUGACAACAAGGGCAAGGAAAUCAUCCACUCGAGGGUGACAGUUGAUGAGAAGGGCUUUCUGCAAGGCAAUGCUUCCAUCACUCUCUCCAAUGUGACCAUCUCAGAUGAAGGGACCUACAGGUGUCUGGUCAUUCACAGUCCCAGCAGACAAGAAAAGAAGAUCAGUUUUAGGGUUCAAGCUGUUCCAGGGGUCCGUAUAGUAAAGAAAACACUUAUUAAGAAGGAGGAAGGAGCCCUCCAGUGUUUGGUCACUGAUUACUACCCACAAUCCAUCACUGUCACUUGGCUGCUGAACGGAAAGCCUUUAACUAGAUCGGCCCCGGGGACACCCCGGCAGAAUGAGGAUGGAACAUUCCGAGUGAACAGCAGUGUGACCCUCCUCCCCUCGGAGACCCAAGAUAAUCUGGUUAUUGGGUGUCAGGUGCAACAUGAAUCCCAUCCUACACCUCUGACUGACAGUUUUAAGAUGGUGUUUGGAGUCCCUCCAUCAGUGCGAAUGUUCUCCUCCAAGGUUGAGGGACACUCAGAGAAGAUCUUUGUAUGUGAAGCAAGUGGCUUCUCCCCAGAGCCGGUGCAGAUUAAGUGGCUUAUGGAUGGGGUGAGGGUUGAGGAGCCCAGGACAAGUGACGGUGGAGGUUCUAUAAAGGAGUCAUAUUACCGGGUCACUUCAGGUCCUGAGACCCAACUGGCAAACAUCACAUGUGAGGCCUAUCAUGAGACUUUGUACCAGCCAGUCACAGAGACACUACAAAUUACAAAGAAUUACAGACAUUAUUAUGGUACAAUAGUUGCCGUUCUCUUGUUUCCAGGGCUCUUGCUGUUCUGGUUCAUCUUUAUAACCCUGAAAAAUUUCCUGAGGGUCCGAGUGAGUCCAAUACACAAACUGAUGUCGGAUGAUGGAGAGAAGUUGACCCUGUACUGUGUGGCCUCCAACUGGCCAAAAGACCCCCAGGUGACAUGGGCAGUGAUAAAUAACAGUGAUACAAAGAGCAAAGAGAAGAGGAAGGUGAUCUGGAAAGAGACAGAUAAUUCGAAAGGAAAAGGUUCGGUACCAGAGAGCUUGACCACGUCUGGAGAAAGUGAUACACUACUAACUGAGGAAUAUUCCAUGAGAACAGACAGACUGGAAGCAGGAGGGCUACAUAAUGUCCUUGCCACUUUGAGCUUCAAACCCGAUGCCCAGAAACAUGAGAACAUUGAGGUUUCCUGCAGGUUUGUCUGUGGGGGGAAAAUCAAAGAGAGAAAACUGCAAUAUUCCUACAUUUUACGGCAGCCCCAGGUCUCUCAGCCCAUAAAACUGUCCAUCAAUGAGACUGGAGAUCUUCUCUACUCCCUGGUCCUGCAGGAGUUUUAUCCCAGACAAAUCCAGAUCAGAUGGAGCUGUGGGGUUGGAUGUUACCAGGAUAUGGAGUCCAAUACAAAGAUAAUUCCAUGCAGUUCUAUCCAAGCAUUCAAUGCUGAGAGUGAGUGUAAGAUCCCUGGCCAACUACUCAAGGAUCCUGGAUUCACAGUGCGAGUGACCUGGAAACAUGAAUCCAUGACUGGCCCGGAGCAGCAGGAACUGUCUGUACGAGAUAAAGAAUUCCCCUGGCGCCCACAGAUGGAAGAGAUAAUAAAUCCUGAUACCCUGAUACACAGCAAAGAGGGCAAAUUCCAGUGUAAGAUCUGGGGGUAUUUCCCUGAUGCUCUGGAGGUGAAAUGGUUGAGGAGAGAAGCAGGAGGGCAGGAAUUAUUCUCUGUGUGUCCCAGUGAGAAAUACAAGAUCCCAGAGAUGGAGCAGAAGAGAGAAGCUGAUGGGACCUUCUCCUGCACAGUCAGUCUCAUUGUCUCUGUGUCACUAACAACUGAGCAGGGGGCGGAGUUUAUCUGCCGGGUGGGACACCCCAGUCUGGGGGAACCCCUAGAGAGAAGCACUGGGAUCCUCAGUGUGAGACGGGCUCCAGUUAUAAACAUCACACAUGAAGGGGAUAAAAUAAGAGCAGAAAUAGACCAAUUCUAUCCACAAAACAUUGGGGUGAUUUGGAGUCGGACUAAGAAUAUAAAGGAUGUUACAUUUAAAGAGUGUGAAGCCUCUCGUAUCAGUAACGAGACCCACAGUAACAGUGACGGCACCUACAGGAUCAUCAGCUCAUGUGACACCAAGAAACCUUCAGAUAAGAAACAUAUUAAACUCCAUGUAACACAUGAGGCUUUGGGGAAUCCCAUUGAGAAGAUUUUCAUACGUGAAAAAGGGAAGUAUUAUGAGCAGCAAGGUGACAAGAACAUUCUUCUGCAGAAACAUCCAGAAUAAGACAAAAAACUAGAUUGUGCUGAGGCUGUUAUGAUGGCAGACUUUAAAGAAUUUCUGGAACAAAGAUACUUAUUCCAUUUACUUUGAAAAGACAUUUGGCCCUGCUGGAAAUAUAAAUAGGGGAGUUGAGCUUAUACAAGAGACAGGAGAUGAAAUAUCUGGUGGUAUUUGCACAUGGUCCCAAUGUUUAUGUCCCAGUUACUGAGCAACACUCCCCUGUUAUUACCUGAUGGAAACCAGUCCCUUUUCUCUCUGCAUUUCCAGUUUCCUUGGGAUAAAUUCAGCAAUUACUGCAUUUGGGGAGGUGGAUGUGUUGAACACAUGGAAGAGGUUUCCUGCAGCGGAUAUUGGAACAAAGUCACUAAAGAAAUGCCAACACACGUGGGAGAGAUUGAAAGUAAUGUAAUGGCUUCAUCUGAUCUCCUGUCUGGUCUCCAAAAUGUUCCUCAGUAAAUUGUUCCUUACAAAUCUCAAUCCAGCAAUUGGGACCCUUUCAUUAAAUGAAGAAGAAUAUAUAUAAUGUAUAUAUAUAUAAUCAAUAUAACGUCAGCUUUUGUAUAUAACAACAUUGCUUCUUCCAGGGCUCUGGUCUGAUUAUAUUAGAGGGACAAUGUACAACUCAACAUGACCAGGGCCAGUAGGGAAUCCAUAGUCAUGUGUCUUGGAUAUUCUUUCAUUUAAACAGUAAGAAUAACACCCACUGGAUCAUUGUUUAUCUUUUUUACCUUUGAUAAUGGGAAAACUGUUUUAGGCUUACAGAUAAGGGUGAGACCCUAACAGGGAAGGGGUAUUAUUCACCUCCCACAAUGGUUCUGUAGAAAUAAGUGAAAUCAAGUUAAAAUAAAAGUAUCUACUGUCCCUCUGUCCUGUAUUGUCUGGUGCUGUAAAUAACGUCAUACAAUAACAGGGGUAAUAUUUGCUCUGGAUCUAGUGACCUACAGUAUCCAAUCAGAGUGUGUUACCGUGACAGCAGACCAGACAAUACUCCCUGCUGAUUGGUUGCUAUGGGUUAGUAGAUAUGGAGAAAAACGGUUACAUUGUCCCCACAGAGUUUCUUUAAUCAAACGGAUAUACAGAAAACAUUUCCAAUAUAAAACCCAGUUUAUUAGGAGAUAUCCUCACUUUUUUUCUGAACUCAACACAAAGAAGUCUAUGGACCUGUUCACACACAGCUGCCUGUUCAGGGGUCUGUAAUAUUAUUGCUGUUAUGUUAUUACUGAACUGAAAUCACUUGUUUUUGUUUCAUUUGAAGAAAACUGCCUUUGUCUUUCAACUACUGCUAUUGAAAUAAAACCCUUUUUUUGCUGC